GGCAGCAUCAUAACAUCAGCGCGUGUUGGAUCUGUCACUGAACAGCACAGAAUUAUAUUUAGAUAAGAAUGAAAUAAAGAAAGGUGAUUAAAAGUAAAAAUGCCGGCGAGAAACACAGUAACUAGUGGACUGAACAGCAGUCAAGUGAGAUACUCCAGACUAUCAAGUGAUGAUGAUGGAUACAUCGACCUACAGUUCAAGAGGAGCCCACCCAAGGUCCCGUACAAGGCCAUCACUCUGGCUGCUGUUCUGUUUUUCAUCGGCACAGUUCUGAUCACCAUCGGAUCUCUCCUCUUAGCGGGAUACUUCGAGGUUCAAGAUCACCGUGAACGCACUAUACCAGUUCUCAUUAUUGGAAUUCUCGUCUUCAUUCCUGGAUUCUACCAUCUGCGCAUUGCUUACUAUGCAUAUAAGGGCUACAAAGGCUACUCCUAUGAUGACAUCCCAGACUUUGAUGACUGAUUUCUAAUGGCUGAAAAACCCAAAACAUCAUAACCGUCUGAGGAAGAUUUUAUAUACACUGAUCAGCCAUAACAUUAAAACCACCUCCUUGUGGCAGGGACAGUGAGGUGUUUAAAAACUCCAUCGGCGCUGCUGUGUCUUAUCCACUCAUACCAGCACAACACACACUAACACACCACCACCACUGCAGUGCUGAGAAUGACCCACCACCCAAAUAAUACCUACUCUGUAGUGGUCCUGUGGGGGUCCUGACCAUUGAAGAACAGCAUGAAAGGGGUCUAACAAAGCAUGCAGAGAAACAGAUGGACUACAGUCAGUAAUUGUAGAACUACAAAGUGCUUCUAUAUGGUAAGUGGAGCUGAUAAAAUGGACAGUGUGUGUAGAAACAAGGAGGUAAUUUUAAUGUUGUGGCUGAUCAGUGUAUGCUGCUUUAGAACAGGAUCCUAUUUUGAUUUGUAUACAGUGAUAUAAGGUAGAAAAGUGCUUCUUAAGACCGGCCAUGUGAGCCUGAACGUUCACUAUCAGGAUUUAUAUUUCAUUCCAGUAAUGCAAACGAUGUGUAGAGCAUUUAUGAUACUGGACUGGAAUGUAAUAGUAAUUUUACAUGCUAAUUAAAACUGAUCCAAAGGCAA